AAGUCUAGCAGCAGCAUCAUGCAGCUCAUGACAUAUGUAGAUGGAUUCACUUGGUCUGCUCUUACACAUCUGGGAGAGGGAUUUGAUGCAGACAACAAUCCUGAUGACUUGAAUGUAGACAUUCUCAAUGAUCUCAAUGAUGACCUGGCAGAUUUCACUGACACAUCUGAUACAUGGGCAAACUCCCCCAAGCUCACUGUCAUCCCAUUGCCAUCAAAACUUGGGGUAGAUCGAAGCAGAUGCUGUAUGGCAGAGGAUCUGAUUCUGCUGGAGAUGUUGCUUCAUGAAGGGCAGGCCAAUGAUGCCCUUCACAACCUCUGGAUUCACUUGUGCAACAAGGUGAUCCUGUUCCAAACAACGGUUAGGCAGGCCAAAUCUCAAGCCCUGAAAACUCGAGCUUGGUCCCAGGCGACAUUGGUGCAGCAGGCAGUGUCCCUCCAUGCCAGUAUAUAUACAAAGACCCAGAAGCAAAUGAUGCAACUUGAGCUGGGGCAAGACCAGCUUCAGAAAUACAAACCACUGCUUUGGGAGCAGCUCAAAAUCAGCACUGCUGUUGGCAAUCCAAAUGCCUGA